AUGAGCUCCGUCAAGUUUGUGGUGUCCGCCUUGGACGCCAUAUUAGCUUCCAAGGAAGCGCAAAAGAACAAAGAAUUAGCAGACUCCUCCAAGAAGGCCUUGGAUGCCAUAAAGGAGCAUGACAAACUGCCCAACCCCGAAAUCGUCUUCACGCCCCUCCAGCUCGCAACCAGAUCCAACGAUGCCAAACUGACGACCAGCGCUCUCGACUGCAUCGGGAAACUUAUCUCAUACUCCUACUUCUCAGUCUCUAGCAAAGAAGAUGAGGAAGACGAAGUCGACCAAGCGCCUCCGCUGAUUGAACGAGCUAUCGACACGAUUUGCGACUGUUUCGAAGGCGAGAGCACCCCUGUCGAUAUCCAGCUCCAAAUUGUCAAGUCCCUCUUGGCGGCAGUUCUCAAUGAUAAGAUUGUUGUUCAUGGAGCUGGCCUGCUCAAGGCUGUUCGACAGGUGUACAAUGUUUUCCUGCUCUCCAGGAGCACAGCCAAUCAGCAGGUCGCCCAAGGCACAUUGACGCAGAUGGUUGGGACGGUUUUCGAGCGAGUCAAGACACGAUUGCAUAUGAAGGAGACUCGUUUGACUGCUGCAAGCGAGGCGCCCAACUCACCGGAUCGCGAUGAGGAUCAUGACGAGGACCAUGACGAAGAACAUGAGGAUCGCGACGAGGCCCAGGGGGACCAGCAUAUUGAGCACGAGAAAGCUGAGGAUGGCACGAGCGAUGCGCAAGAUCUUACCAACGCAGAUGUGCCAUCGGCCGAGACCCCUGAUAACGAGCCCUCAGAGUCGAAAGAAACCAAUGGAAGUGCCAAGGCAAAACUCACUUUGAAGGAUCUUGAACAUCGCAAGAGUUUCGAUGAUUCAAAUCUGGGAGACGGUCCUACUACUGUCACGAGGCUUCGAUUUGCCAAGGACAAGGACGACAAUGCUUCCGUAUCCGGGCACUCAGUUCCCGACCACCCUGCUCCGGACGAUUUGGAGGCGCUGGAAGCCGAGGAUGAGGUCUACAUUCGUGAUGCGUACCUCGUCUUCCGAUCGUUCUGCAACCUGUCAACCAAGGUCCUUCCACCGGAUCAACUGUAUGACAUUCGUGGCCAGCCUAUGCGCUCGAAGCUUAUUUCUCUUCACCUAAUCCACACCGUUCUCAACAACAAUAUUUCGGUCUUCACUUCUCCUAUUUGUACUAUUAAGAGCUCCAAGAGCAACGAGUCUACGACUUUCCUUCAGGCGAUCAAGUUCUAUCUCUGUUUGAGCAUCACGCGCAAUGGCGCCAGUUCGGUGGAUCGGGUGUUUGAAGUUUGUUGCGAAAUCUUCUGGCUCAUGCUCAAGUUCAUGCGCCCCUCAUUCAAGAAAGAAAUUGAGGUUAUCCUUAAUGAGAUUUACUUGGCCCUCCUUUCGCGCAAAAAUGGGCCUCUAUCACAGAAGAUUUACUUUGUUACCAUUUUGAAUCGAAUGUGCGCCGACCCGCGGGCACUCGUGGAGACUUACUUGAACUAUGACUGUGGUCAAGGCGUAGAUAACAUCUACCAGACCAUUAUCGAAGAUCUGUCCAAGUUUGCUACUGCUCCGAUUACAAUUGCUUCUGCUAAUGAGCAAAUAUAUGAGGAGACACGAGCCAAAACUGCACCUCCCAGCGAGUGGCAAUUGAAGCCUGUCUUGCCGCCAUCAUUGACUGUCGCGCGCAUCCAACCAACUCAAGAAACAGAACCGGACUAUCCAAAGGAGUACGCAAUUAAGCGACUUUCGUUGGAAGCGCUUGUUGAGGCUCUGAGAUCGCUUGUAAAUUGGUCAGCCCCGUUACACACCGAGACCGAUACUCUGCAGUCGAGAAACGAAGAUACAAAUCCUUCCAUGGAAGAAUUACGGCCUUCUUUUGAUCCGACGUUGAGUGAGCCCAGUCCUACGCCUCUGGGCUCAUCUACACCUACCUUGGACGAUGACCCAGAUCACCUCGAGAAGGAGAAGGCUAGGAAAACGGCACUCACCAAUGCCAUCCGGCAAUUCAACUUCAAGCCGAAAACGGGCAUUAAGCUCUUGCUUCGAGAUGGAUUCAUUUCCCAAGAUACGCCAGAGUCAAUUGCCCAAUUCCUUUUGACGGAGGAGAAACUCGACAAGCAACAGAUCGGAGAAUACCUUGGCGAGGGUGAUCAGAGGAAUAUCGAUAUCAUGCACGCUUUUGUGGAUUCCAUGAACUUCACAAAGAGGCGAUUUGUUGAUGCCCUCAGGCACUUUCUUCAAUCUUUCCGUCUUCCCGGCGAGGCACAGAAGAUUGAUCGCUUCAUGUUGAAGUUCGCAGAGCGAUAUGUUCUUGGCAACCCGAAGGCCUUCGCCAACGCCGACACGGCUUACGUUUUGGCUUACUCUGUUGUCAUGCUGAACACGGAUCAGCACAGUAAGAAUGUUGUUCGAAGGAUGACAAAGGAGGACUUUAUCAAGAACAACCGAGGCAUUAACGAUAACGCCGAUCUUCCUGACGAGUAUCUGAUUGGUAUUUUUGAUGAGAUCGCGAGCAAUGAAAUUGUUCUCACAAGUGAACGAGAAGCGGCAGCGGCAGCCGGUCCAACUCCAGCUCAGCCGUCAGGCAUUGCCGCUGGCCUUGGGCAGGCGUUUUCAAGUGUCGGUCGUGACCUGCAGCGGGAGGCGUAUGUCCAACAGUCCGAGGAAAUUUCCCUCCGUUCCGAAGCUCUGUUCAAGACACUCUUCAAGUCCCAGCGACGAAAUGCCAAAAAGGAUGGCGUCAAGUACAUCCCUGCAACCUCUUUCAAGCACGUUGGUCCCAUGUUUGACGUGACUUGGAUGUGCAUUUUCUCAGCCCUUUCUGGCCAGAUCCAAAAGGCUCACAAUAUUGAGGUCAACAAGCUGUGCCUUGAGGGUAUGAAGCUAUCGACUAAGAUUGCAUGCGCUUUCGAACUUUCAACGCCACGCGAAGCCUUCAUGACGGCUCUCAAGAAUGCUACCAACCUGAACAACCCCCAGGAGAUGCUUGCAAAGAAUAUUGAGGCUCUGAAGACCAUCCUUGAUCUCGGCUCAACAGAAGGCAACGUCCUGCGAGAAUCCUGGAAGGAUAUUCUUCUUUGCAUCAGUCAACUGGAUCGUCUCCAGCUUAUCUCGGAGGGUGUAGACGAGAAUGCAAUCCCGGAUGUUUCCAAGGCUCGCUUCAAGCGCACUGACACAACGGACUCUCGAUCAUCGACGCAGUCUCGAUCCAAGUCUCGCCACAGGGCAAGCACUGUUACCAGAGGAUUCUCUAGCGAAAUCGCCUCAGAGACCAAGUCGGAUGAGAUCAUUCGAAGUGUCGACCGCAUCUUCACAAAUACCGCAAACCUUUCUGGUGAUGCCAUGGUAUUCUUCGCAAAGGCUUUGACCGAGGUGAGCUGGGAUGAGAUCAAGGUGUCCGGCUCUAAUGAUUCCCCUCGCACAUACAGUCUGCAGAAGAUUGUUGAAAUCAGUUACUACAACAUGAACAGAAUUCGUUUUGAAUGGAGCAAUAUCUGGGAGGUUUUUGGAGAGCAUUUCAACCGCGUUGGUUGCCACAACAACUUGAACAUCGUCUUCUUUGCUUUGGACUCGCUCCGUCAAUUGUCGAUGCGAUUCAUGGAAAUCGAGGAACUGGCGGGUUUCAAAUUUCAAAAGAACUUCUUGAAGCCUUUUGAACAUAUCCUCGCGACUUCAAACAACCCUACUGUCAAGGACAUGAUUCUCCAAUGCUUGAUCCAGAUGAUCCAAGCCCGAGGAGAUAUGAUCCGCUCGGGAUGGAGGACCAUGUUCGGAGUUUUUACUGUUGCCGCACGGGAACCCUACGAAGCCAUCGUCAACCUUGCUUUUGAAAACGUUAAUCAGGUGUAUAAAACCAAAUUUGGCGUUGUCAUUUCACAGGGCGCCUUCACCGAUUUGAUUGUUUGCUUGACGGAGUUCUCGAAGAACCUCAAGUUCCAGAAGAAGGGUUUGCAAGCAUUGGAAGUGCUGAAGUCGAUUGUUCCUACUAUGCUGAAGACUCCCGAAUGUCCUCUUUCCCAAAAGCGUAGCCCGCAACCAUCUAGGAAAUCCUCUGGCGGCAAGUCAAGUAGCUCAUCCCCUAGACGACCUCAGGUGAACACUUCGGUAGAGGAGGGUUACUGGUUCCCAGUUCUCUUCGCCUUCCAUGAUGUUCUCAUGACUGGAGAGGAUCUUGAAGUGCGCUCUAAUGCCUUGGAGUAUUUCUUCGACACUCUUAUCAAGUACGGAGGAGGGUUCCCGCCCGAAUUCUGGGACAUCUUGUGGCGCCAACAGCUUUACCCAAUCUUCAUGGUUCUGCGUUCUCGCCCUGAAAUGACAAAUGCCCUCAAUCACGAAGAGCUCUCAGUUUGGCUCUCAACAACCAUGAUUCAGGCCUUGCGCAACAUGAUCACUCUUUUCACUCAUUACUUUAGCUCCCUAGAGUACAUGCUUGAUAGAUUCUUGGAGUUGCUUGCGCUUUGUAUUUGCCAGGAGAAUGACACAAUUUCUCGCAUCGGCAGUAACUGCCUGCAGCAAAUGAUCUUGAAGAAUGUCGACAAAUUUAACAAGCAGCAUUGGACAAAGAUUGUUGGCGCUUUCUGUGAACUCUUCGAGCGUACCACAGCCCACCAGCUGUUCACGGCGGCGGCCAUCAACUCAACUGCCACACUGUCUCCACCAGAAGCUGAGUUCGUCACUCCUGCCAGCUCUCCAUUGCCUGAGGGUGUCGCCGAGGAGCAGAGCAAGACUCCGAAGACAAAUGGUGCUGAUGAUGCCAGCACCGUAUCCGAUGCUGAUAACGAGUCUGUGCACCACGGACUUCCAUCAAAGGUCAACGAGGAGGAUUUCCGGAUAUCCCAAUCGCCACAAGUGACCCUGGAGGAGUUCAAGCCAAAUACCAGCCUCCAGCAGCAGCCUGUGGUGGUUACGGCUGCCCGAAGACGCUUCUUCAACCGCAUCAUCUCUCGAUGCGUCCUGCAGCUCCUCAUGAUCGAGACAGUCAACGAGCUGUUCAGCAACGAGGCCGUCUAUGCCCACAUUCCUUCACUAGAGCUUCUGCGCCUGAUGUCUCUUCUGAAGCGCUCCUUCCAGUUUGCUCGCCGCUUUAAUGACGACAAGGAGCUCCGAAUGCGAUUAUGGCGCGAAGGGUUCAUGAAGCAGCCACCAAAUCUCCUCAAGCAGGAGAGUGGCUCGGCCGCCACUUACUGCUCCAUCCUCUUCCGCAUGUAUGCCGACAACGACCCCGAGCGCCGCAAGAGCCGUGACGACGUCGAAGCGGCCCUCGUCCCCCUGUGCAAGGAUAUUGUCAGCGGGUACACUGCUCUCGAGGAGGAGAGCCAGCAGAGGAAUAUUGCAGCCUGGCGGCCUGUUGUCGUUGACGUCCUCGAGGGGUAUGCUUCGUUUCCCGAGGAAUCCUUCAAGGCUCGCAUUCCCGACUUCUACCCGAUGACCGUUGACCUUCUCGGUAAGGAUCUGACGCCAGACCUACGCUCUGCACUUCUUCUGGUCCUGCGGAGAGUUGGAGAGGUGGGCUUAGGAAUUGACGGCCUCGCCAAGAUCGGCAGCAAGAGAAGGGAGAGCAUGGUCAGCAAUGCGGAUGAGACUUCCGGAGACCACCACGAGGCUGCGGCACGGAGAAUGCUGUAG